AUGUUUGUCUUUCUCUCGAUUCCUUUUGUACAAAAUCUUUGACAUCUCUCUAAUGCUUUACAAUUUAAUUCAAUUACUUGUUUACAUCCGAUUAUCCAGUAGCCGGGUAAAUGAAAACUGCAACACUAAAAACCGUGAAUUUUUUCGGAUAUUUAUACACGAAUAAUUUCCCGGGUUUGGAAGCAAAAUUAAUAUAUUUUUAGCAAAAGAACCGUUUAAAUAUGAAUGAGAGUGAAAACGAAUGCAAUGCUGAUGAUAGCCUUCGCCCUAGAAAACGUAGUUUAGUUUGGGGGUUAUUUGAAAAAUUGGGCCGAUAUCGAGUUCGCUGCCGUCUGUGUGCCCACGAGCAGAAUUACCAAGGAACAACGGGUAAUAUAUUGAGGCAUUUAAAAUCCAAACAUGGAUUGGACGCCACAAUUAAGGGACAGCAAGAACCAGAACAUCAGGAGCGCCUUAAAACAUUGUUAGCCAAUGUUCCAAUGUCAGCCUCGGAUAUUAAAGUUGAACGUAAUUUUAAGCGAAGAAAAAGUUCUCUUACCAUAAACUCGACUAAAUUGGAGCCUGAAACAGAAGAAAAUCCUUAUGAAAGUGAUGGCAUUGCCAACUCUACAACCUAUGUAUUGGAAGAGCCUUUUGAAAAUUAUAUCUAUGGUGACGAUCCCACUCUUGAUCCUGUUAGCGAAAAUGAACAGGAUAAUUUAAAUCCUGCGGACAGUAACAAAAGUCCUCCACAGACUGCAAAGAGAAGAAACAAAGCCAACUUGGAUGAAGAACGCGUAAUGGCCGAAAUUGAAUAUUACCGACAGAGAGCGGAUUAUUUUAAAUUGCAAAAACAUUUAACAGCCUUACAGGCGAAAAAAAUUAGAAUAGAAAUAGAACAGUUGACUAAACAAAAUAAUAACUCUGUUUAAGAAUCAUACGCUCAAUAAUAUUAAACAAAAUGUCCCAUAUACCUAAUAAGUUUGUUUGUAAAAGAUCAAAAUGUAUGUAUAAAAAAAUUAUAAUUGUAA